GCAAGUGCCCAAGCCUGUUUGAGCCCUGCUGUGCUUCAGCCGUGGCCAGUUCUUCUUCCCUGGGCUCCAAGGUCUACAUCCAUCACAGACCACUUCAAAUACCACUUCCACCAACAGGGAUGCAGUAGCUGGCCUCGGAGCAGCCUCAGGCUUUCCCCUCAUGCCUCCUAGCAUGUCCCACAAGGAGUCCAUGUCUUGUCUUGGCUUCAGUUCCUCUGUGUGUGUGUGUGUGUGUACAGCACUCCUGAGUGUGUGUGUCUAUACACGGCACUCCUGAGGGUGGACACUCCAGCUGAGUCUCUGCUUCCUGUCCUCCAGGGUGGGAGGUUGCCUCAGUGAGAUGCCUCCAGGACAGGGAGGAGGAGGCAGCUGCCGUGUGUGAGCAGAGCAGAUGGUGAACGGGUGUCCAUCAUCUCAUCCGGGCCAACCACAGGGGGAUGACUCGGCUGGGCAAACAAGCAGACACACCCUCUCCACUCCCCAGCUGCCCCCUGAAGCAUCAAGAGAAAGCGCCCACCAGUCUGGGGCCUGGGGGAGGGGGAACUGGGCUUGGGUUCUGGCCAGGGCCUCCAAGCCCCACCAGCUGCCACUUCCUGUAUGACAGUGAGCACUCUCCGCUGCAACGUGGGCAUUGCUGACUUGGCGGGCUGCUUCUCUGUCUUCCCUUGAAGGGGAAGUUUGUAUGAAGCCAGGGGCAGUCCAGGAGGCCCUGUACUGUGCUGAGUAGAUCAGGUUUUUCUUUGGCAUUUGAGAAAAUUGGAUUCAGUUCUGGAAUUUAUAGCUAUAUGACCACAGUUGUCACCAAAUCCACCUGGCAGUAAAUCUGAAAAAAUGUGCCUUCCCCUGGGCUGAAGUUGGCCAAAGCUUGUGUUUACACGUGUGCCGUUGGCCCCAUGCCCUUCUGCAGUGCACAGUCAAUACAGCUGUACCCAGCAGCCAUGUGCGUGUGCACCCUCAGGAAGUCAGGGGUUCUUAAUCUCACUUAGCUUCAGCUCAGCACCCCACCCCUCAAAAUGGGAUUAUGCAGUGAUUUCUUAACUCCUUUCCAAAGCUGUUAAAGAGGCUCAGCCACUGGUGUUCUCAGGCAGUUACAGCUUCCUGUGGGUUCCCGUGGCAACCAGAGAUUGCUGUACCCUCUAAAACACGUUUACAAGCUUUACAGGUUGGGUUAAAAUAUGGACCACACCUCUCUCUCAAGGUCACACAAAUCAGGCUUAGUGUGUUCAGGCCGUUUCUGGGCCUUCCUUGAUUUAGGCCUGUGGGCAAAUGCAGGAGUCCCCAGAGGGCUAAGUCUCUAGUAGACCUGACCAGUGGACACCAGGGAAUCACAAUGGGGUCACCUAGACACAGCCUUUAAGCUAGAUCUGCUGGUCAGAAGGAAUAGUGUUAGUCUCCGUGGAAAGCCCAGGGUACCCCCACAUCUGGCAGAACCCCUCCCAACUUCCAGCAGUGGGGGUAAGGACCCGUUGUGUUGGGAGUAGGGGCAGUCCGACAGCCAGAGCUGCAGAACUAUCUGACUGGGGCUUGGCCCAGUCAGUCUCAGGAAUUGUCAGCCACCAUUGUGUUAACUGCUGUGGAUAUCAAUGCUUAGGGCAAGCCCUGCCACCUUCUGCAUUCCCUCUAGACAUGGUGGCAUCCACUGAAUUCCAGGCCUUUUCUGAGCACUGAGCAUACAGCUAAUGUUGCUGGCCUCACAGGCCUCAGAGUGUGAUGGGAAGGCCUCUAGGAUGCAGACAAGUGGAAGUGGUCUUAACUCCGGGGCUCAGGGGCCCCUGGAAGUUGCUAGAAAACACUGGAAUCUGCAGUGGAACUGCCCUUUCCACGAAUCUUCAGCACAGAAGCUGAGACACUCAGGUCAUACGACUUUUAAAAGAUGAAGCUAACGCCAAAUCUAGAGACAUCCUCCUGAACUCUGGCUUCUGCUCUCACUCCUGAUUUUGAGAUCCUGGUUGAGCAGUAUACUCAGCGGGGGGCUAGAUCAUGACCUUGAGUGCCAGUCAGGCCAGGCGGUCUGGCUUUUCUCCAAGGUUUGGGGCAGCAGCUGGUUGUCCCUACAUGGUGAAGCAGUCAGGUCCAGGAGAUACUGUGGCUUGGAAGGCCGUGGAAGUGUGUCGGCUUGCCAGGAGAGGUGGUCUUGGGAAUCCCAAACCAGAGUCAUGAAGUGAUGGAGCAAGGUAUGCAGGGUGCUGAGGACAAGCCUCUGGAUUCAGGGUGAAAGCUUAGGGUUCCAGGAUUACAACUAAGGUUCAAGUUCUAGCAACUUCAAUGCAGGCUGAUGAGGUCAUAUGUUCCCUGAAAAAGAGACAGGGGACUAAACUCAGCUGGCCACAGGCUGAACAGGGACAGUAGUGGGAAGGGGAAGAAGAGGAGGUUUCUAGUUCUCAGAACAGAGUUGGUGGGCUUGGAUAGGGCCAGACCCAGAGGGAUAGGACCUCAUAGCUACUUCCUCUUUACCACAGUGUGGUAACGCUUCAUCCUAACAGGCACAUGGAGAAGCUCCUGGGCAGGAGAGGCAGCAGGGAUGGAAGCCCCUUCCCCUCGCCCAAUCACAGCCAGACCUUAGGAGGGAAGACGAAAACAACCUUGAGCCAGAAAAGGGUUCUUCUAACACAGUCUCACCCUAAACCCAAAUCAAAUCCCAGCACAGUCUUGGGCUCCUACGUCAUCCCAGGCCUAACCCAAAUCAUAAACUCAGCCCCACCUUACCUGCAACCUCACUGCAGAUUCCACUCAAAGGAGUCCGAACCCAGCCCCGCAGCCUCCGUGCCCCUUAGUCUCCGUCGUAGACUAUCCCACCCAGACCCAACUCUUAGCAGGAACUCCCAGCCCCUGACCGACUGUCUAGUCCUCGCGUUAGCCCAGCGCACCCCUCUCUUUCUUCCCCACCACAUCAUUCCUCCCAUUGGCAGCGACAGUGAGCUCACCUCCAACCCAGCAACUGUAUAUCCGUGCUUAGCUGCACCCUUGUGGAGCACAUGGAUUUCACGUGUACUUGUCUGCAGGCACACAGACACACUGCUAACUGAAGUACACACCCACCUCCUCAUAUAUGUAUAAACAGACACACUUCAGGACAAAUACACAUUCUUUGGUGUUUGCACACAUUCCUAGUAUAUACACAUCCCCAAGUACACACACAGACACCUCAGCACACACACAUUCAUCCUUAACAUAGACUCAUAUCAUAUACUCUUUAGUGUACAGGUGCAUAUGCAAUCAGAUACACCUUGGUUAUGUCAUCCUCAGACAUGCAUAAGCAUACACAUCAGCAUGCUCAGUGCCUACACAUAAACACACUCUUCAGUGCACACACAAACAUGUUUGCACAAAUCCCUUUCAGAAUACCUACAUAUGUCCUUCAAUACACACCUCAACAUACGUACUCAUACACAUCUCAGUGCAUACACACAUACUCCUUCAGUGUACAGACAUGACACUUCUCAGUGAAUUCACGCAUUUGCAGUGGGGGGUGGGGGAACAGAAGUCCAGUCUAGCUUAGGACAGCAUUGCAGGACCAAAUGUUUCCUGCCCCUGCUGCUGGGUUCAACACUUUAUAGUCCCUUCUUCCCAGGCUCCUCUCCCAUGCAGGGAUGCUGUCCCUCACCCUGACUUUCUGGAUAUGCAGCCAUUGUGGAGCAGCAGGAAGAAAAGGAGGCCCCAGGACAGCUUUCUCUCCAGUCCUGGCGCCCAUACACCCUGGGUCCUGCGGUGGGCACACCCUGCAUUAGGCAUGUUCGAUCCUAACGGGUCAGAUUGAAGGGGCCCAGAUCCGCAUAGAUCCAUCUCAGCCACUGAGAGCAGGGUGGGGCCGGUCAGGGGCCAUACUGCCUGAGAACCUGCUGUAGUGGGCUAGGCAGGUGGCCAUCAGAGGAGACGGGACCAGGAGGUGCACCUUGCUGAAGGUAACAGGCACCUUCAGCAAGCGCUUCCUGUGUGCCAGGAGCUGCAUGGGACACCUAGGGAGUCCGCAUAGAAUCCAGCACGAGGGCAUCUGCCAUCCGGGGAGGUAUUCACAUUGGUCUGCAUCAAGAACCUGAUGGGACAAUGGGACUUGGAGGGCAGGCAUCUGCCAGUGGCUCUGUCACAUCAAAACCAGGCAGGUGGUGGGAUUUGAACGCUUGCCUGAGAAUGGCGGAGUUGAAUCACCGAGACCAAGUCUGGAGUGUGUCUGGGUUGUGUGUUUCCAGUCUCCCCUUUCUCCUUUCUUGGCGCUCACUUUUCACAGCCCCCUGAACUUUCCAGGCCCAGCUCACCUCUGGCUCCUAGCAGCCCCUGUGGACAGAUGUACCCCAUCCUCAAGCCUCUGCAUUGGCUUGAGCUCCCUGGGGAGACCUCCUGUCCCAAAUGGAGAUGCCUCUUUCAUACUCCCCACCCCUAUGCUAAUGGCCCUGUCUCUGUUGUCAUUGUCACAGUCGCCUUUCUGGGCCUCUUUCUUCAAGGGCAGGGCUGGGUCUACAGGGCCUGGCCCAGAGUAAAUGCAGGACCCAGCCCAGCUGGGGGUCAAAGUAGUGCCCAGGGAGGGGCCGGGGCUCUGUUGAUCUCUUAUCUCCCAGGCUCCCUUGGUCUUAUCUGAUGGGGCUCAGCAGGCAGCAGAUGAGGCUGACAAGGCCUCAGGGUUACUGAGUAACCCCAGGCUCUUUAAAAGUCUCCCUGUUUACCCUGGCACCCAGCAUGGGCCAGUUCUCUGCGCUGCUCACUGCUGCCAUGAACACCUUUUUGCUCUCUCUGCUGUGCCUCCUGGGUGCCUUGGCUGUCCUGGCAGAGGGGGUCACUGUGCAGGAUGGGGACCUCUCCUUUCCUCUGGAGUCAGUCAAACAGCUUAAGGACCUCCAAGAGGAACCAAAGCCCCAGCUGGUGAGUCACAAGAGGUUUGCCGCCAGGCUUGCUCAGCCUGUGACACCACCGCUGUGCAGGCACCCUGCCUUUCCAGAAGCUCUGAAGCUUGUCUGCAAGCAACCCAACGCCCAGGAGAUCCUGCGGAGGCUGAAGGCCAUCGCUCAAGACCCAAACACAUGUGAGAUCUGUGCCUACGCUGCCUGCACCGGAUGUUAGGAUGACUUGUCUUCUCGGCCAGCGAGGAAGCCCCUGCUACCUUCUAGAAGCAAGUUCUGACAAACUCCCAGCCCCAGCAUCUCAACCUACCCUGCCCAUGCAGGGAGGAGGCUGAGGAGACAACUGCCUGGGGAGUCCUAUCUGGGGGCUGUGCUAACCCUCGGUCA